CGCAUGUCACCACGUACCCCUCAACUGAUCCACCACGAUCUCGAAGUGCUUUCCAGUCCCGGGUCCAUCGACUGCCGUGAAGGGCGUUCGCGCGGUCCGGCACUGGUAGCACCGCGGCCUUGCGGGAGAACUGGUCUCGUCUCUGUGCUUCUGCAUGUGCCGCGGGACGGGGCGAUGAGCGAAGAAAUGCGGCUGUACGUGGGCGCAAUCGCCUCUAAGUGCUCUUGCCAGCAAGACUAGUCGGGACUGUGAUGAUGGUACGCGCAAGACUGUGCGAGACUGAACGUCGGUAAGGGCAUGUUGAUGAGGUUCGAAGGUGCCGGUGAUGGUGCUGCUCGUGACAGGACUCGAACUAGGAGGGAGCGCCUGGAAACGAGGACGAGGAUCCCGUGUGCAGCAACUUCGGUAACGGAGGCGAUUCGGGCGAGGGAGGGAGAUAUGGCUGUCGCCAUGGAGUUGCUGUGACCCGCGCUGCUUCACGAGGUCUUGAGAGAUCGUCGAAUAAGUGGAAGAACUCGCCAACACAGCUGGAGCUGUGCGUUCAGCGCCAUCACACUCGCCGUCAUGCGGGUCGUGACGCCGGGCAGGUCAGUUUCGCGCUGCCCCUCAUGCUUCUGGCUUGCUCUCUCUCCUCCACAUCUCCCGCCAUCCCGCCGCAAGAACCACGCGGCACAUAAAUGUCGUUGGACGAGCCGGCCCUUCCGACGUUCGCUCUUGCAUUCUCCGUGGCUGCAGGAAUCCACAACGCCCCCCGCUGCCGCUAUCCCAGCGUGCUCAGUCUCCGCGUCAAGCUCGAUACCGCCCAGGACAGGAUGUUCUUCAAGUAUCGACCAAGCUUUCGACGACAAGACCGGCGAUGCAGUGUCUGAGCGUCCAACGAGGCGGUGAUGGCGAGUGCCCCACAGUGGUGGGCCAAGGCGAGGGCAGCGCCAGGGUCUCGUACUCGCCGCCCAGACGUCCGCUCUUAUUGAGAUGAUGUGCGCGUGAGCCAGGCCAUCGCGCGAGGCCCACAGGCAGCGCGCAGUACGGCGGCCGGGAGUAUCGUGGUUGAUGGCGAGAUGAGAGACGGGGACAAAGCGCCAACGAUCUCGGUUUGCAUAAUCAGAAGGAGGUGCAUCUUGUUGGAGAAGGACCUUGGUAAGCAGACCUUCCUCACGAAUGGGCGGGUCAAACGUAAGGGCAGGAGUGGCGAGGUAACAGUGGCGAUGCAUUUCGGGUGGAAUUAGCAUUCGUUGGGGAUGAGCGGGAAGACGUGUUCCGGUGUUGCGCCAAGCGUGUCCUUCUCUGGUAGCUUUCGCUUCACGCCCAGCUCUUCACUGUGAAACGCCCCCGCCUAUCCUCGUCGCCGUUCGUUCGUAUCAGCCGACAUGACAGUAGCGUGAGGAUGGUACCAGUGGCGAAGAUGAUGGCGGGAUGACGACAAGAAGGAGAGCGCCUGCAAAGCGUUCAGCACCCAGGUCGAGGUGUGUGCGCCCAUGAUCUUAUCUGCGAAGACA